AGGAAGUCACUACAAGCUAUGAGAAAAAGGGUUUGCUGCAAUCAGAUGUCAAACACCAGCUUUGCUAGUCAGAAGUUCCAUCUCCCACUGAAAUGCUGCUUCUUCCAUUUCAACUGUUAGCAGUUCUCUUCCCAGGUGGUGACAGCGAAGAUGCCUUCCAGGGACCAACCUCUUUCCGGGUCAUCCAGAUUUCAUCCUUUGCCAACAGCACCUGGGCACACAAUCAAGGUUCAGGUUGGUUGGAUGAUUUGCAGAUUCAAGGCUGGGACAGUGACUUGGGCACUGCCAUAUUCCUGAAGCCCUGGUCCAAGGGCAACAUCAGUGAUGAAGAGGUUGCUGAGCUGGAGGAGCUAUUCCAAGUCUACUUUUUUCUAUUUACUCAAGAAAUACAGGGGUAUGCCAGUGAAUUCCAGCUGGAAUACCCGUUUCAGAUCCAGGGCAUAGCAGGCUGUGAGCGACAUGCUGGAGGUUCCAUAGUAAGCUUCUUGAGGGGAGCUUUAGGAGGAUUGGACUUCCUGAGCUUCGAGAAUGAUACAUGUGUGCCUGCCCCAGAAGGUGGCAUCAGGUCACGGAUAUUCUGUGCACUAAUCAUGCAAUAUAAAAUUGCCAUCUACAUUGUGAAGAAGCUCCUCUUAGAAAUCUGCCCCCGAUAUCUCUUGAGCGUCCUCUAUUCAGGGAAGGCAGAAUUGCAAAGGCAAGUAAAGCCCGAGGCCUGGUUGUCCAGUGGUCCCAGUCCCGGGCCUGGCCGUCUGCUGCUGGUGUGCCAUGUCUCAGGAUUCUAUCCAAAGCCUGUGCGGGUGAGGUGGAUGCAGGGUGAGCAGGACCACCCAGGCACUCAGCACAGUGACCUCCUGCCCAACGCUGACUGGACGUGGUAUCUCCGAGUGACCCUGGAUGUGGCAGCUGGGGAGGCGGCUGGCCUGUCUUGUCGGGUGAAGCACAGCAGUCUAGAGGGCCAGGACAUCAUCCUCUACUGGGGACACCCCAUCUCCACUGGUUGCAUCUUUUUGGCAAUAAUAGUGCCUUCCUUGAUCCUUUUGGUGUGCCUUGCAUUAUGGUAUAAGAGGCGCCGGACCUGCACGAGCCUCACCUUCCUUCAUCCAGGGAGUUGCAGAAAGCCAGGGAUGGUGAUUUCUGGUCUCCUUGAGCAUGUGUGCAGCCUCGCACAUGCACAGAUCCUUCCAGAUAUCCAGGAACAUGUGGGAGCUUCUCAAGUCUCAAGACCAUGGAUAUUUUGUUCCCAGGACCUCUCUCUAGCCUGUCUGGCUGGUCUGCAGCACCCGAAGCUCUAGGAUCCCAUCAUCCAGCAGCAGAAGAGCCCGUCUCCUCCCACAUGCUCCAGAUCUCCUGGUUUGCCAACCACAGCUGGGCGCACACCCAAGGCUCUGGCUGGCUGGGUGAGCUGCAGACUCACUCCUGGGAUGGCAUCGUGGGCACCAUCCUCUCUCUGUGGCCAUGGUCCCAGGGAUAUCUUAACAAAGAGGAGUUGAAGAACUUUCCGGUGCUGCUCCAGUUGUACUUCCAUGGUUUUGCCAGGGAAUUUAAGCCCUUUGCCAGCCAAUUUCAGUUUGAACACCCCUUCGAGGUCCACAUGUCAGCUGGGUAUAAAAUGCACGCUGGAAAGGCCUGAGAAAUCUUCAUAAAUGGGGCAUAUCAAGGAUCAGAUUUCCUCAGUUUCCAAGGAAGUUCCUGGGUGCCAUCUCCAGCAGCAGGGACUCGGGCCCAGAAUGUCUGCAAGGUGCUCAAUCAUUACUGAGAUAUUAAAGAAAUACUGCAGAGCAUUCCUGGUCACACCUGCCCUCGAUUUCUGGCAGGCCUCCUUGUAGGGGGAAAGUCAGACCUGGAAAGACAAGCUCAGACUGGAACUUUAUUUCUCCCCAUGUUUCCUGCACUGCUUUUCCCAUGGGAGCCAAUGAACACCAGGGGUUCAGGACAUAAGAUCUGCUUGGCACAACAAUCGUGGAUCUUGAAGAAGUGGAAAACAUGAUAAACCAACUCUGAUAACAUUAGUUUCAUCUUAAACAUAAAAUCCUUGUCUGUAUUUUAAAUAUGUUUAUGUGUAAUAAAUAAGUAUUAUUUUAUUAAAACAGUUUGUUGUAGCAAAGAUACUGGUCCCUUUAGCAAUAUGUGUUUUUUGUUUUUGUUUUUGUU